AUGGGCGACACCGACACCAAAGCAACCGCCGAGGUUCAACCUGUUCACAACAGCCCUGGCGAGUGGAGCAUUUCAAGUGUUCUGCCCGAUACCGGCACGCCGUGGUAUAAGCAGCGUCACCUUCUGCUCCUCAACCUCGGGAUGAUCAUUCCUUAUCUCUCUUCGACUACCAACGGCUAUGAUGGAUCUAUGCUCAACGGCCUUCAGUCUAUGAGCCAGUGGCAGAACUUCUUCGGCUCGCCGACCGGAACUCGUUUGGGCUCACUUUCCAACGGUGUAAUCUUUGGUCAGAUUCUCGCUUUCCCCAUUGCUCCUUGGCUAUGUGACCACACGGGCCGACGCUUCCCGAUCUUUAUCGGAUCAGCUCUCCUGGUGAUCGGUGCUGUGCUUCAAUGCGCCGCUCAGAACUAUGCUAUGUUUCUGGCCUCCCGCAUGGUCAUUGGCUUCGGAGGCCUAAUUGCAGUUGAAGCAUCACCCAUGUUGGUCAGCGAACUGGCAUAUCCACCUCAUCGGUCCGUUCUUGUUGGUUAUUAUAACAAUCUGUGGUAUCUCGGGGCCUUACUUGCUGCAUGGGUCACUUACGGAACUUAUUUCAUGGGACCCGAUGCUUCCUGGGCCUGGCGCAUUCCUUCGCUUUUGCAAGGAUUAUUCCCUUUGGUGCAAGUCAUUUUCGUCUACCUGCUUCCUGAGUCCCCACGAUAUCUCGUACAGAAAGACCGAUAUGAUGAAGCCCGAAAGGUCCUUACCAAGUAUCACGCGGGUGGAGAUGAGAACUCUGCGCUUGUUGACUUCGAGAUGAAGGAAAUCAUCUUGCACAUCCAGACCGCCAAGAAUUCGUCCUCAACUGGCUACCGGGAGUUCUUUAGUACCAGAGGCAACAUGCACCGCCUGUUCAUUAUCAUUGCAGUACCGUGCAUGAUGCAGCUUUCUGGAAAUGGCCUCACCUCCUACUACCUACAUCUCAUUUUGAACUCCAUCGGUUUCACUUCGGACCCGCAGCAGCUCCGUAUCAAUGGUGGCCUGACAGUCUUCAACCUGGGAGUUUCCGUCAUCCUAGCUUCAUUCAUGGAAAUCGUUGGUCGGAGACGUCUGUUCCUGUUCUCAACAAUAGGAAUGUUGUGCUGUUUCGUGAUUUGGACAAUCCUAUCUGCAAUCAACGAGCAGAGAGGCUUCCAUGAUACGUCUCUUGGUACCGGUGUCAUAGUUAUGAUCUUUAUGUAUCAGCUGUUCUACAACGCUGGUCUAAAUGGGCCUCCAUGGGUCUAUAUUACCGAAGUCCUCCCCACCCAUCUACGUGCGAAGGGUACGAACAUUAUGCAGAUCGCAGCUACAUGUGCCAUUCUUUUCAAUGGAUACGCCAAUCCUGUGGCGAUGGAUGCAAUCAGCUGGAAAUACUACAUCGUUUACUGCUGUGUAAUUGCCUUUGAAAUUGGUCUCGUCUACUUUGGAUUCCCUGAAACCAAGGGGCGCAGUUUGGAAGAGGUUGCGUUAAUCUUUGACGGAGAAGAAGCAUUCGGCGAGGUCUCUGAAAAACAGGCUGCAGCUGAGGUUUAG